UUUUUAACGUUAGGGCCUCGCUCACCUAUUUCACUUAAGGCAUCAGGUCCCAGUCCCGGCCCCACUCCUGACAACAAAAUGUCUGACAAAGGAGAAUUCGAUACCAACGUCCUGACCCUCACCAGGUUUGUUCUGGAAGAGGGCAGAAAGGCCCAAGGAACAGGUGAGCUGACAAACCUGCUCAACUCCAUCUGCACAGCUGUCAAAGCCAUUUCAACUGCUGUCAGAAAGGCUGGGAUUGCUAACCUAUAUGGCAUUGCUGGAAGCACCAACGUGACAGGGGACCAGGUGAAGAAACUGGACGUCCUGUCCAAUGACCUGGUCAUCAACAUGAUCAAGUCCUCCUUCAGUGCCUGUGUGCUGGUGUCGGAAGAGGAUGAGAAGGCCAUCAUUGUGGAACCAGAUAAGAGGGGAAAAUACAUUGUGUGCUUUGACCCACUGGAUGGUUCCUCAAACAUCGACUGUCUCGUCUCAAUUGGAACAAUUUUUGCCAUCUACAAAAAGACGACAGAUGAUGAGCCAGCUGAGAAGGAUGCUCUGCAGCCCGGAAGAAACAUUGUGGCAGCUGGUUAUGCUCUGUAUGGCAGUGCCACCAUGAUGGUCCUCUCCACCGGGCAAGGAGUCAACUGCUUUAUGCUUGAUCCCGCCAUUGGUGAGUUCAUUCUGGUGGAUCGAGACGUGAAGAUUAAGAAAAAGGGAAAAAUCUACAGUUUGAAUGAAGGAUAUGCACAGCAUUUUUAUCCAGAUGUAUCUGAGUACCUACAAAAGAAGAAGUACCCAGAGGAUGGUUCUGCUCCAUAUGGCAGUCGAUAUGUUGGGUCAAUGGUAGCUGAUGUUCAUCGUACUUUGGUGUAUGGAGGCAUCUUUUUAUAUCCUGCUAAUGUCAAGAGUCCUAAGGGCAAGCUGAGGCUGUUGUAUGAAUGCAACCCUAUGGCCUUCAUCAUGGAGCAGGCAGGAGGCAUGGCCACUACAGGAUCGGUGAAUGUCCUGGACAUCCAGCCCACCAGCAUCCAUGAGCGAGUUCCUGUGGUCCUGGGAUCCCCUGAUGAUGUUCGGGAGUAUCUUUCCAUCUGUAAAAAGCAUAAAAAAUGAGCAGGACAAACAGCACAAUCAAGAGGCCCAAUCAGGACAAGUGUUUCUACUCAUUCCUUCAGCUGUGUUGAUGAAGGAACCAGGAACCUCACUGGGCCCACUAAGUCUGCCUCACACUAUGCUAAUUCCAUCUUGUUGGUGUAAGUGUUAUUUGUAGAGACAUUUUUAAAUAAAGACAACUGAAAAGA